AUGCCUGCCAGCACUCAUCGAUACCCUAGAACCACCCCUAACUCCAUUAUUCCCCUUUUGCAGGACCUCCCUCUCGUGGCUUUGGUCCCCAACGUCCACCUCGCCAUGCCGCUUCAAGUCACCUUACCAAUGGAGAGAUCCUUUGAUGCUACACCAGGCUUCAACGCGUCCGAAUCUUUAUACAAGCCUGUCCUAGACGAUGGCCAAGAAGACGGCAACAAUGCCAUGGACCGUUGCAUUACGCUCUCCCCAUAUACCAAGGCUCUGUGCAUUAUUGCUGCCCUCAUAUCCCUGUGCCUGCAUCUUGCACUCCGUGCCAUUGCCAGUCGACAAUAA